GGGGAGCGCCGGGAAGGGGCGCGGGAAGCGCCGGGAGCGGCGGCGGGCGCUUAUCAGAGAAGAUCAAGAUGAGUCUACGGAAACAAACCCCCAGUGACUUCCUAAAACAAAUCAUUGGAAGGCCAGUUGUUGUAAAAUUAAAUUCUGGAGUUGAUUAUCGAGGGGUCCUGGCUUGCUUGGAUGGAUAUAUGAACAUAGCUCUGGAGCAGACUGAGGAGUAUGUAAAUGGACAGUUAAAGAACAAGUAUGGGGAUGCCUUUAUCCGAGGAAAUAAUGUGUUAUACAUAAGCACCCAGAAGAGAAGGAUGUGAAGAUGCCAGAAGGAGGCUGUUUAUUUGUACUUGGGAACCUCUUUGAAAUGAUGAGCCCUGUUUGAUUUGUAGUUGAAAAUCCACAGGUGAAAUACACAAGUGUUUAACUAUUUUUUUAAAUAAAUGUAAACGUGAAUGUGAACUGCCUAAAUACUUCUGUUCCAAAGCAUUGCUUUGUUCCAUUGUACAGGAAAAAAAAA